AUGAUAACGUUUGUCGCUCUCUUCAUUGCAUCUUUGGUGAAUCCUAUAAGUGGCGCCGCUGUUUUUAACGCACCUUCAAAUGACACCGGCGAUGUCUUAGCGCUGACGAUAUCACCACAAAUCUGGCAGCUCCUCGUGACUAAUGAAGAAAUGAUCAAAGAUGCUGUGAAUUCUAUAGAAGUGCCCGAAAUCAAUGAAGAGAUGAUGCUGACAAAGUAUAGAAUAUGGAACGUAACCGUGGAGGAAUUUUCGUUUUCAAACGAAAGCAUCUCUUUCAAGGAUAUGAAGGACGGUGUGCGCCUGAUUAUAAAUGACGUGCUGGUCCACGUAGGUAUGCAGGCUAAUGUACAAGUUGGGAAGAGAAUUUUUGGAAAAUGGGUCAAAGUAUUGAGCCAAACUGGUGACAUCAGCGUUUUGUCGAAAGGGUCAACCUUCGACGUUGCACUGACCUGGAGUGAUUUCAAAUUCCGUCCUUCAACAAAAGUGCACUUGAACUUAGAUAUCAAGUUGACAAAACAUCUACGUAUAUACAAUCUCUUAACUCCGCUUGUUGAGAAGACUAUAUCCUUUAUAUCCAAAGUGGCACUUCCAAUAAAAGUGAAGCAACUGGUUGAAAAGGAGUUGAAUCCCCGCCUGCAAAGAGUAAAACAACUUAUAAAAAGCAACGACAUCUUCAACGUCACCGAUUUUGAUGAUAAAUGGGCAGUGCAACUCAAUGUGCAGCAAGGGCACAUGCGUGUGGCUUUGAAGCCAAAGAGCAUGAAGCAAACAGUUUCACCUGUGGUGCCAAUCAACAAAGUCAUGUGCGUCAAUACCGAUUUACGCUUGAUUCGUUCCGCAGUUCUGUCUGAAAAACAGCGAUUGAUGACUGCAUCGAAGGCGGUGAAGUCAAUCAGCGAACUGGAGUUUGACUGCCUCGCCCCACAAUUUAAAUGCAGAGGGUUCCGUUGUCAAUUCUGCACCGACAUCGAAAUUGUUCCAGCAGAAACGAGUGAAGCUGAUCUUUUCUACAAUUGUCUCUCGUUUUGAUUGCGAAGUAAACUUAUCUUGAGCAGCUGUUUCACGAUUUUUUAAAGAAUGUUCACGCAGG